GGGACCUCAUGGCGAAAUGUCGCAUUUACUUCGUGUUAGCUGCUCUUUUAGAACAUCACUGACGAUACUAAAACGGUUUCCAGAAUAUCGGACAUGUCAACACUUACAACUACAAGAAAGAAGCUGUGCGAACACCAGGUUACGUGUUGUUUCAAAGGCAGUUGACCAAUUGAAAAAAGAAGCAAGGAUUGGAAAAAGGAAAAAGAAAUUUCUUACAACAAAAGCAAAAUUAACUCAAAAUAUCAAACCAGUUAACACCACUCCGCAUGAGUUUUCCAGACAUAGAGAUCAGCAAUCCAGGAUCGGGAAAACAUUCGGAAGAAAAUCCGGUGCUGAGGCAACACUGUUAAAAACGCUUGAAAACAGUACCAUUAGUGUAUUGUCUAGAGACGACGAUUUAGAAACUUCAAAUAACAGUAACAGCACAUGGAGAAAAGAACAUGAACGAUUAUCUACUAGAAUUAACAAAUUUGCUCCUGGCAUAGUAAGCCGAAAAAGAGUGCAUGGUGUGAACGAUGAAAGUUUUAAGAAGGAGACGGGACAGAAAUCCUUAGACCAUCUCAUCACCAAACUAGAAGACUUGGACAUUGCCAACAUACUGCACACUCUUACACUGAAAGGAAAGACACAAGAAGCUGUGGACAUUCUGUUUAACUAUAUUUACAUCUGUAACAAAUUAGAAGAUGCACAAAAGCCGCAACAACUGUAUGAUGUUAAUUUGUUCAACUGUAUUCACCGGGCUCUGGCCAAAGAGGGAAACUUAAUGUGGAUGGAAGCUGUACUGUCCUGGAUGAAAGAUCAGACAGUCACUCCUACCUUACAAACAUACGCACACUUUCUCGAGUGCCUGGGACGUUAUUCAGAUCACCCAGGACGACAUAGCAAGAUAGAGUACAUUGUUGACCAACUUCAACGAGAGGGCCUGGAAGUGGAAGACUUGUACAGAAACUGUACUUACAUAUCUGAUGAAUGGACUUGUGUCAGAAAGGCUGUAGAAACCGUGAAAACAAAUUUUGAACCCCGACCUUGUCCUGAGAAACGUCCUUAUAACAACCCACUCUUGACACAUCUGGACACACCUGAAGCGAAACAGGCUAAAAUUUUCAACCCAAAUUACAAAGUAAUGAACAAAAAGAAGCUUAUGAAAAAGAUGAGGAAAAGAUUUUUAUUGGAAAAAGAUGAGUUUGUGGCCCUGACACCUGUGGUUAAACUUAAGGGAGAAACAACAUCCAAACAAGCACAGUUUAGCACCUUGAAAGAACAUUGGACCAAGUGCCUCACGCUGCUGUAUCGACAGUCCUUUAUGAACAAUGAGGAAAAACAAACUUUUAAAGAAAGGCAGAGGUCCAGUAGGAUAAGUGGAUAUCUAGAAGCAGUGACUGAGCAGGAAUUUGCAGACAUGAUUGUGGAGAUAGUUGAACUGCUGUUGCGAGAUUCUCUCCAUACAUGUCAAUGGACACCCAGACAGUUAGCAAGGACUAUAGGCAAACGAUUAAUGCAGAAAACCCAGUAUUUCUACAGGGAGAAAUAUGGAAUCGUAGAGAAGGUUGGUGUAGUAUAUAAGGAGUAUGCUAACACUCUACUGAGUGAAAGUCACAUGGAUGGGAACCACCGUGAGAUUUGGGAGGCUAUCUGUAACAAGCAUAUGGAGGGACCCACUCUGGGUGUUCAACACAGACUCUGGUCGAAGGAAACACAGCUUUGGGUUGGGUAUCGCGUCCAGGAGCUUAUUAUGAAGGUAUUGACCGUCCAUGUAUCCAAGAAGGAGGACAACAAAACAGUCAGCAAAGAGGAACCAGCAUUUUUUGAAACAACCAAUAGAAACGUUUUUGGAAAGAAUUUGACCUUUUUAAUGCCACAUACAAACUUGUUAAGGCUGUACAGGUCCAGAACCCGAUCCGUUGGGUUUGAGAUGUCAGAACUUCCGUCUCCAAUUCCUCCGGUUCCCUGGACAUCCAUUAACCACGGCAUAAACCUAGUGGGAGAUGCCGUUUUCAUUCGUACAUCCCCCUCAUUUGAUGGGGAUAAGCAGAUGAAAGUGAUCCAGGCAAUGCCCUCUGCAGACAUUUUGUCAAUAUUUGAUGUGCUCAACUAUAUGGGUUCCUGUCCCUGGAUAGUAAAUCAGUCGGUGCUAGAUUCACAAAUUCAAGUUUUCAGUAAAAAUGGAAGUAAAGAGCUAAAUAUACCGAUGCCUGGUCCUUCUUUGCCUCCACAUCUUAAAAACCUUCGUCGGGCUACAAAUGAGAAGCAAUUCAAGCAGUUGUGGAGAGAAAGAUACAAGUGGAAGAAGAAGUCCCUGGAAAUGAACUCUCUCUGGUGUAGCUGUCUUUGGACGCUAACUAUAGCCAAUGAGUUCCGUGAUCAGGUGUUUUGGCUGCCCUUGAAUCUGGACUUCCGUGGCAGAGUUUACACAUGUUCAUCCAUCAUGCAGUUCCAGUCUAAUGACAUGACAAGAAGCUUGUUUUUGUUUGCCAAUGGGAAACCUCUCGGUGAGAAAGGGUUGGACUGGCUCAAAAUUCACGUCAUCAACUUGACAGGUUUAAAGAAGAAACACUCUAACAGGGACAGAAUUGCCUAUGCCAAUCAAAUAAUAGAGGAGAUCUUGGAUUCUGCAGAUAAUCCAUUGAAUGGUGGAAUGUGGUGGAGGAAGAGCGAUGAACCCUGGCAGACUCUGGCCUGCUGUAAAGAGAUAGCAGCAGCAGUCCGAAGUGAAGAUCACACAAAGUUUGUUAGCCACUUUCCAGUACACCAGGAUGGGUCAUGUAACGGCCUUCAGCACUAUGCAGCCCUGGGGAGAGACAAGUUUGGUGCCAGAUCUGUCAACUUGGACCAUUCAGACGUUCCUAAGGAUGUAUACAGUGACGUCAUGGAAAUGGUUGAAUCACAGCGGCAAGAAGAUGAAAAGAAUGGUUCAGAAAUAGCGAAGUUUAUGGCUCCUUAUAUCACAAGGAAGGUUGUGAAGAGGCCUAUAAUGACCUCUGUGUAUGGGGUUACACCCUAUGGGGCCAGAACUCAAGUAAAACAGACUCUCAAGGAAAUCCCAGGCUUUCCAGAGGAACAACUAAAGGAAGCCUCCACUUACAUUGCAACGAUAACAUUGUCAAAUCUCCAGAAAAGGUUCCAGUCUGCCAGAGCUAUACAGGAAUGGUUUAACCUCGUGUCAUGGACCACCAGUGCUGGCCUGAAGAAGCAUGUGGAAUGGAAAACCCCACUUGGGCUGCACGUUGUCCAGACCUAUACCAAACAGAUCCUAAAGAAAAAUCCAAAAACCAAACUGACCAGGAGGAUAAAAAUGCCUGACAACAGAAAACAAAGUAAUAGUUUUCCACCAAACUAUAUCCAUUGCCUGGAUUCAGUACACAUGAUACUGACAGCUCUACAUUGUAUGAAAGAGAACCUGACUUUCAGCUCGGUACAUGAUUGUUUCUGGACGCAUGCUUGUGAUGUAGAUGUCAUGAACAAGAUUUGUCGAGAGCAGUUUGUAGCACUUCACAGUCAGCCUUUGCUGCAGCAAUUAUCCGAGUACAUGUUGGAGGCACAUGAAGAGGAGCUGAAGAUACGUGAGGGUAUGAGUGAUGAGAAGAAACAAGAACUGAAGCAAUAUGCAGAGGUGUUAAAACCGACAGAAAUCAAACAAGGUGAUUUUGACCUUGCGCAAGUGCUGGAAUCUGAGUACUUCUUCAGUUAGUGUUACCUGCCCUUCUUGAACAAGGACGUUGCACGAAGUUGGACUACCUCUGAAAACCUGCGCGUGUAGCUGCUGUGGCUUCAAACUCGAUCAUAGAAAUCGGUUUGGAUCCACAUCCUGGAGUCUUUGGAAUAUUGUGUUGGUUAACCCUUUCAUUACUGUAGACCAUAAUUGACUCAUCCAGAUAAAUGUAUGGUAGAGUCUACUAAAGUUACCUAGGGGUGAAAGGGUUAAGAGACAGUUUCACAAUGUGCAACACAGCCAACAUAAAACCUGUUUCUUACAUCCCAGGGAACAGCCAAUGGAAGUCUGUAGCUGUUAGUCUACUUACGCUGAACAUCAUAUUAAUGAGUGGGGUGAAGAUUUGUUUCCAAGUAAUUGUGUUUUGUUAGAAUCUACAGUCACAUGGAAUGAUACUUUGUAAGUGCCACAUACUUGGUUUUGAUUGGCUGUCCCUGUGUCUUUCUUAGCCAAUGAGAUAAAAGACUCCUUAGGUACAUUGUUCAUUCCUAGUCACUCAGCUCAUUCCUAUUUGUGCCAAACUUUGUGAUUUGUUGGUAAUAUUACUGCCAUCAAAAUUUGUUCAUUGAUAAAUACACAGAUACACAGAUUUUAUUCUGACUAUAGGAAUGUUUACAUUUCCUCUGCUGUCAGCUCUGUUAUAUAAAUAAAAGCUGGUUGAUAUUAUUGGUAAUAACAUAAUUUUUGAUUAUUUUGCAAGUCCAUUGCUGAAAAUGUCACAGCUCUGUAAUUGUGUAAAAUGUACUAUAUGUGGGUCAAAACACUGGAUCUUUAGAAACGUGCGUUUGGUGGUACAAACUACUUACAAUUGGUAGGGCAGGGAAGUAAUUCCAACAGUGUAGGCAAUAUAAGGUUGUCAGAUGUUCAGAGCAAUGGCGCCUUUAUCUAGGUCGUAACAUUUACCUGUGUCUUGAUUAAGGAGCAGAUGGCUUCAAAUAUAAACAAUCUGAAUUGUCUACACUUAUUUCUUAACAUUUUCUUUAGGUUGGUAAAUAUGGAUUGUGAAACGAUUGAUGUAGCACAACCAAUAAGUGUUUAUAUGUGACGUUUCGAUGACUAAUACGGUAUGUACUCUGUCACUUUCAUCAGACAAAUGACCGGUGAAGCGUAUGUUCACGAAGGUGUAAAAUAUUGUCUACACUUUUCCUUGCCCGUAUAUAUGUCAUUAAGUGUCUGCAUAGAAUAUUUCUUGUCUACAAAAUUAUAUUUUAAAAAGGUUUAUUCCAGAUGUAGACUUUAAGAUAAGUAAUUUAUGAAGUGGACCCAUGAAAUAAGAGCAUGCUAUUCUUGAUAUAUUGUUAUUUAUUCUCCGAAACUGCAAUUUUUAGCUCCGCCUACAAUUUGGCACAAGUGCGUUCAUUUAUCAGGAAUAUUUCUGCGCCACCUGAAACAUUCUAACUGGGAUAUGCGAAUGCGACCCUAGUGUCUUAUCUGUGUCUAUGGGUCACUUCAGCCUCAGUCAGCUCUUUCACUUUUCAUUUUAUUGCUACAAAACGCUAUACAAUAUUCAUGUAUUCAGCAAACAAAAACUUUAAACCUGUUCAAAUUUUUCGGGUCAUGGAUCCAAGGUUAAGGUUGUUGUUACUAUAAAAAGAUAAUCAUCAUUAUCACUACGCGGCUUUAUUUUCAUAUUUGGAUAAUGCACAAGUAUAUAUUGGAACAAGUUUGGGUUUCAGGACCUGGACCCAAAUUUUACAAAGAGAAGAAAUGCAACUGAUCAUCGUUGAUUUUGGUUAAAGUUUGGUGCUAGUGUAGAAAUUUGCUAAUACAAAUUCAGUUUUUGUACCAAGAUGUUUCUUCAGGGUCCCGGGCUCCAACAUUGAUGUAUAGUGGUGUCAAAACAAAUUUUUUUUUUUUUUUUUUUUUCAGGUAUUUGACCCGUUUCAAACUGAACUGUUUUUGCCAAAACUCUUAACAGUUCUUGUUUUUUAAUUGUGUGGCUUUAUGAUUUCUCAUUAUACUGGGAUCUUCUUAAUUCUCUGUCAUAACAAAACAAGCUUCUUACUAUUAGAUUGGAGUUGUGAUUUAGUUACAUAUUGUCAAGUACAUACGUACAAACAAAUGUCUGUGAUAGUUAGUUUCGUCGUGUUUUUGUUUGCAGAUUUGACAGGACAGGGCUUUUUCUGGGGUCUUUUGGAGCCGAAAGUUGGCCAUGUUCACAGUGAAAAAUGUAUUCAUUAUUACAACAACAAAAAAUCUCUUUAGAAUUUCCCUACCUUCAAAAAAAUGUAAUUCUCUGCUUGUAUUCCAAUGACAAAGAAAGCAGUGUCUAAAAUGAAAUAACAUUUCAUAAAUAAUCGUUUAGUAGUCUUUUAGAUGAUUCUUUGUUAAAAUAAAGAUGAGAAUUAAAAAAUAAUUAAAUCAAAUAAUUCCCAAUCAUAAAUCUACUGACCCUUUUUUUUCCACAAAGUGAGAAAAAGCCCUGUAGGACAAUGUGCAGCCAGUAAAUUUAAUUUGCAUGCCAUAAAGCUGUGUUUGUCAUGUGUUACACAAGUGGUUACUCAUACAGGAUAAAUUAUGUAGAAUGAUUUCAAAUGAUCUUCCUGUGUCCAAUUUAUAGCCACUGUAUAACCCUGUGGUUAUCUGUCUUUGUUCUGUUAACUGUUCUUAACAGAAUCAUUGGAGCAGCCGUUGACUUUUCAUUGAUUAUUAUUUUAUACUUCAACAUUGGUGUAUCAUACAUGUACUUGGUAGUGAAGGUAGAGAGUUCCACCACUUAUCAUACAUGGACUUGCUAGUGAAGAUAGAGAGUUCCACCACUCAUCAUACAUGUACUUGGUAGUGAAGGUAGAGAGUUCCACCUCUCAUCAUACAUGGACUUGGUAGUGAAGGUAGAUUGUUCCACCACUUAUCAUACAUGGACUUGGUAGUGAAGGGAGAGAGUUCCACCACUUAUCAUACAUGGACUUGGUAGUGAAGGUAGAUUGUUCCACCACUUAUCGUACAUGUACUUGGUAGUGAAGGUAGAGAGUUCCACCACUCAUUAUACAUGGACUUGGUAGUGAAGGUAGAUUGU